AUGCUUAAACAAUUCGCCGUCGCGUCGCUGUUUGCGGCCGCCUCAGCCCAUCAAAACCUUCAUCAGUUCUGGGUUAAUGACGUCUCCCCUGGCUAUGAGAUUGGGAUUCGUCGUGCUCCUAGUAACAACCCGGUGACAGAUGUGAAAAGUAACGAUAUCGCAUGUAAUGUUGGCGGCGAUAAGGUACCCUCAGGGGUGAAGACAAUCUCUGCCAAACAAGGCGACAAGAUCACAGUCGGAUGGGACCCCUCAGGCCAUCCCGGUCCUAUCACACAUUUCUUAUACGGCCCAGUUGAUGAUGCAGCUAAGGCAUCAGGUGUUGGGGCCGGUUGGUUCAAAAUCGAUGAGCGUGAUUAUGUGAACGGUCACUGGGCGAACGAAGUCAUACAAGACAAUGGUGGAAACUACACUUUCAAGUUGCCUAGCAAACUGAAGAGCGGUGACUACCUACUUCGUUCGGAAAUGCUAGCACUCCAUGGUGCGCAAACCGUUGGCGGAGCUCAGUUCUACAUUGGCUGUAUGCAACUGAAGAUAACGGGGUCCGGAUCGAAAUGCUCACCUACGAUUUCUUUACCUGGGGCCUAUAAUGCCGAAGAUAAGAACAUCUAUAUCCCAAACGUCUAUAACGGAUUCGAUGCCACGACCUAUUCCGCACCCGGAGGCGCGGUUGCUACUUGCAAAUAGGAGGCGGAGGGAUCUGUGCAGGGGACCUGGGUAACUCGUAUGUUCGCCGAUUCGAAUACUGCCGUACGGAAGGAUCAAAUACC